AUGGAAUGGGAAGCCCGGUCGGACCUUGUCGUGGAGGAGCUUAUUGAGGCGAGCCCGGACUUGAUCGCGUUGCAGGAGGUGAUGUACGAGCUCUACGAAAGCGACUUGCAGCCGAGGCUAGCUUCCCUCGGCUACGUCGGGACUAUACAGCAAAGGAGCCGCAAGGACGACCACCAGACGGGGAACGCGACGUUCUUUCGCGAAUCCCGGUUCGAAAUCAGUUGGGAGGCUCACCGGAGCCGGGUUCUUCUCGUGGGCCUUCGAGAUCUGCAUGGUGGUGCUGAGAUAUGUGUGGCCAACGCGCACCUGGAGGGGAAUCCCAGAAAGCCGAUGGAUCGAGUAAGCCAGGUGCGCUCUGCCCUUCUGGAUGCCUCCAAGCACGGGGGUCCAGAACGGCAUGGUCUGAUCCUUUGCGGCGAUUUCAAUGCGCCGCUGAUCUCCUCGGCCGUGGCCUCCUUUCUCUGCUUCGGCCAGGUCCUACCCGGAGUUCAGGAGUUUGGGUAUGCGGUGGACGUGCCCAGCAAAGUCCCGGAGACUGGCCACCCUUAUGCCAUGCAGUCUGCUUAUACGCCAGAUCCUUGCGAGUUCAGCUUCACAUUGCGUGGUGCCGCCGGCUCUUGCCACAUGCUGGACCACGUCUGGUACGAUGCAGCGCGCGUCCAAUGCCAGGCGGUGCGGGAAGUCUUCCGCUCACCGGAGCACCGCGAGGCGGUGCUCGCUCAUGGCCUCCCGAAUGAAGCGGAUCCGUCGGACCACCUGCCAGUGGGGGCGGUGCUGCGCUUGCUUCCCGCACCGGUGAAGGAGCUACAGGCGGAUCCCGGCCCGGACGAGUUGCUUCAUGCAGCGGAGGAGCUCUGGCAGGCGUGUCCGCUCCCGCAGGAGCAGCGCGAGAGGUUUCUGGCGUGUGAGGAGGCGCUCUCGUCUGCGCUUCCAGCCGGACGGCCGACAGCAGAAGCGCUUGCGGCAUUCGAGGCAGCCAAGCAGGCCCGAGAAGCCUGCGUUGCGGCCUUCCCUGCCGAAGCGCAGUUGGUGGUGGAGCGCAUCAGCGACCUGCGCAAGCAGGCCAGGAAGGCGGAGCAGCGACGAGCGCGCCAGAGCGCCAAGGAUGUCAAGGAGUCCAAGGCGAAAGCGAAGUAG